AUGAUAACGGGCAGAUGUGUGAGCUCAUUGGCGCGUCUUUGCGCUCGCCAGUUUGCCACUCCAGCAGUUGAUCCCUCUACACCAUCUCCAGUCUAUCUUGAUGUGCAGGCCACUUCACCAAUGGAUCCACGGGUUGUGGAUGCCAUGAUCCCAUAUAUGUUGAAUGAAUACGGGAAUCCACAUUCGAGAACUCAUGCAUACGGAUGGAAAGCUGAAGAAGCAGUGGAGAAGGCUCGCACACAUAUAGCGACACUAAUAAAGGCUGAUCCUCGAGAAGUGAUUUUCACUUCUGGUGCUACGGAGUCAAACAAUAUUGCCAUCAAAGGAGUCUCGAAAUUUCAACGGCAUACUGGGAAAAACCACAUCAUCACAUUACAAACGGAACACAAAUGCGUACUGGAUUCUUGUCGCUCUUUAGAAACUGAAGGUUUCAAGGUAACCUAUCUUCCAGUGGAUCAUGGAGGUCGAGUUGAUCUGAAGGCUCUACAAGACGCCAUCACACCCGAAACUUGCCUAGUGUCCACGAUGACAGUUAACAACGAAAUUGGAGUGAUUCAGCCAAUCAAAGAAAUAGUCGAAGAGAAGUAUUUAGGCGAGAUAUGCCGAGAGCGAAAGGUAGCCUUCCACACGGACGCCGCUCAAGCGGUCGGCAAAAUACCUAUUGAUGUGAAUGAUCUGAAAGUCGACCUUAUGUCUAUAUCCGGUCACAAAAUCUAUGGUCCUAAAGGUGUUGGCGCAUUGUAUGUUCGUCGACGGCCACGCGUACGUUUGGAAGCUCAAAUGAGUGGUGGCGGUCAGGAGCGAGGGCUCCGAUCAGGAACUCUUCCGACACCACUUUGUGUUGGAUUAGGAGAGGCAUGCAGGAUCGCAAGCAAGGAAAUGGAGAUGGACUCGAAGCAUAUUCGACGACUUUCCAAGAUGUUCAUGGACGGGGUUCAAUCGCGGCUGGGUGAAAUCAUUCACAAUGGAGAUCCAGAACAUUUUUAUCCGGGAUGCGUGAAUCUAUCUUUUGCGUACGUUGAAGGUGAAUCAUUAUUGAUGGCACUGAAGACUGUUGCUUUGUCUUCUGGGAGCGCCUGCACAUCCGCAUCUUUGGAGCCAUCGUACGUAUUGAGGGCGAUUGGAACUGGCGAAGACUUGGCCCAUUCUUCGAUUCGAUUUGGCAUUGGACGUUUCACUACUGAAAAAGAAAUCGAGCACACCAUCGAAUUGUGCGUUAAGGAAGUACAAAGGUUGCGAGAGUUGAGUCCGCUAUGGGAAAUGGUGCAGGAGGGCAUUGAUCUCAAAAGCAUUCAAUGGACGCAGCACUGA